AUGGCACUUGAUACUCUUUUCAAAAAUAAUGAAAAAGAUGAAGAUUUAUUAAUCAAGAUUUAUAAUAAUAUGGCAAGAAUAUAUAAACAAAAAUUUAAUUAUCAAGCAGCAAUUAAUUAUUGUGACAAAGUAUUACAACUGGAAUUAAAUUCCGAUAUAAUAAUGAAAAAUCAUGAGGCUAUUGCUACUACUUAUAGUAAUCGAGGCACGAUCUAUUUUCUUAUGCGUGAUUAUCAAUCUGUUCUUCAGAAUUAUGAAAAAGCACUAGAAAUAGCAUCGAAAUCCUUAAGAAGUGAUCAUUCAUAUGUUGUUGAAUAUCGAAAUGAUAUUGCUGUUACUAAAAUACACAUACAAUAUCAGAAAAAUAAAAAAUUUUUAAAUAAUAAGUAA